AUGAACCGUCCAACUGCAACAACGAACAAUAGUCAACAUAAUGUAUGUACUUAUGCUCAACAAAGUACAUUUAAGAUAAUGUUAUUGGGCGAUAGUGGUGUUGGCAAAACAUGUUUAUUAGUACGUUUUAAAGAUGAUACAUUUUUAUCUGGUAGUUUUAUUGCAACUGUUGGUAUUGAUUUUCGUAACAAAACUAUUGUGAUCAAUAAUAAACAAGUGAAAUUACAAAUUUAUGAUACAGCUGGUCAAGAACGUUUUCGUUCCGUAGCCCAUUCAUAUUAUCGUGAUGCAAAUGCUCUAUUACUUCUCUAUGAUGUAUCAUCAAUAAUAAGUUUUAAUCAUGUUCGUGAUUGGUUAGGUGAAAUUAAAGAAUUUGCACAAUCAGAUGUUAUUAUUAUGUUAAUAGCCAAUAAAGUUGAUAAAACAAAUGAACGUGUUGUAACACGUGAAAUGGGUGAAAAAUUAGCUAAAGAAUAUGAUGUACCAUAUGUUGAAACAUCAGCUAAAACAGGUUUAAAUGUUGAAUUUUGUUUUAAAGCAGUAAGUCAAGCAUUACUUGAACAAACUGCUGCAACAACAUCAUAUGGACAAAGUGCCUCAAAAACCUUAAAUAGUCUUGUACAAUUAAAUAAUCGAACAUCAAAACAUAGUGUAUGUUGUUUAUAUUCAUAG